AUGUCGAUCUAGAAUAUCUCUUGUCCAUCUUAGACUUGCGCAGGCAUUGCUUUUCACCGCUGAUUGAAAUUGUGAGAAGUGGUAAAUUUGCAAUCUUCACUUACGAUCGCCCAAAACUACGUCACCAGCGAGCGCAUUGCGACUUUAGCCAGCAUCAGGACCUGACUCACCUCGAGUUCGUCUCAUCUCAUCUCAUCUCAUUUUCUUCUCACUUAGACCAACCAAUACACCACACAACUCAUCAACUCACCAUGGCGUUCACAAUGCACUCCCACUCGGGGCAAUUCUGCCCAGGCCACGCAAAGGACCAGCUCGAGGCCAUCGUCCAGCAUGCCAUCAGCAUCGGCUACAAGACCAUGGGUCUGACGGAACACAUGCCCCGUCUAGAAAUCGGAGAUCUCUACCCUGAAGAGCUCGAAGAAGGAGACCCCCAAACAGCCCUCUCCGUCCUCGCCCCCCGCCACGAAGCCUACCUCGCCGAAGCCCAGCGCCUGCGCGAAAAGUACGCCCCGCAAAUCGACCUCCUCAUCGGCUUCGAGGGAGAAUGGUACCGCCCGGCCUACGGGCCCUUUAUCAAGUCCCUCGCGUCUCACCCGGCGGUGGACUACUUCAUCGGGUCCCUGCACCACGUCAACGCCAUCCCCAUCGACUACAGCCGGGACAUGUACGUCGAGGCGAUGAAGUCGGCCGGCCCCGACGAGGAGACCAUGUACGCGCGGUACUACGACCAGCAGCACGAGAUGCUGACGGCGCUGGAGCCGCGGGUGGUGGGGCAUUUUGACCUCGUGCGGUUGAUGAGCGAGGACCCGGGGCGGGAUGUGAGGUUGUGGAAGGGGGUGUGGGAGAAGAUUGUGAGGAAUUUGGAGGUUGUGAGGGGGUAUGGGGGGUUGUUGGAGUGUAAUAGCAGUGCGUUGAGGAAGGGUCUUGAUGAGCCUUAUCCGUGUCGGCCUAUUGCCGAGGCAUGGUUGGCAAUGGGCGGACGCUUCACAUUCUCAGACGAUAGCCACGGCAUCGCACAGGUCGCGACGAAUUACAAGCGCAACGUCAACUACCUCGAGAGCCUGGGCGUCAAGGAGGUCUUCACAUUUGAGCGUGGGCCGGUGGAGGGGGUCAACGGGGAUGCCAAGGCCGUGUUGCGGGAAAAGGGCGUUGCGUUGGCGGCGUUUCAGGAGAACUUCAACUAGAGAGAGGCAGAGCGAUAGAGUUAAGACGAACGUGGGAGAGGAAGACGAAAGUGUGUGUGACAGAGAGAGAGAGAUCCCCGGUGUAGACAGAAUAGACUUAGAGGUGUGAGAUAGAUGAACGUGUCGGUAAAGGUCAUGCAUGGUUUGCGGUCGACUGUAUCAUUCUAUGGUGCAAUUGCUUUAAUGUCAAGCGCUUCACUACGACGAAUGUUUGAAGUCAUGAGCUAUAGAGCGAUUGAGUGGG